UCUCAGACCAUGGCAACAAAACAGACUCACAUCCAUGAAGUGCAGCCGGCCUACUUCCUGCUGCGAGCGGCGCUGCUCUCUGUGCUGCUGUGCGGCCCGCGGCGAGUGGCCUCGGACUCAGAUGAAGUGGUCCAGACGGAGUGGGAGGUCUGGAAGAGCAGCUACGGCGUAGCUUACGAAGAAAUGGACGACAUGCAAAGGAGGGCCAUCUGGGAGGAGAACAAGCACAUGAUCGAGAACAAUAAUCAAGGGUUUUUCAUGGGGAUGAGACCGUUCACUAUGGCCAUGAAUAAAUAUGGAGACCUGACGAGAAAUGAGUACAAGGUUUUGCAAGGUGCUGCGAUAGACUCCCAGUUUGUGAAGCGAGGGAAGACCGUCUCGGGCCGAAAGCUGCGUAUCAAUGCUAAAAAGUUAGAUGCUGCGAUUGUGGACUACAGGAACAUGGGUUAUGUCACUGAGGUGAAAGACCAGGGUUACUGUGGCUCGUGCUGGGCCUUCAGCACUACGGGAGCUAUCGAGGGACAAAUAUACAAGAGGACAGGUCAGCUUGUAUCGUUGAGUGAACAAAACCUGGUGGACUGCUCCAGAUCGUAUGGUACCUAUGGCUGCAGUGGUGCCUGGAUGGGCAACGCCUAUGACUACGUGGUCAACAACGGGCUGCAGUCGACAAACACCUACCCAUACACCUCAGUGGACACCCAGCCCUGUUACUACGACAGCAGACUUGCAGUUGCCCAUAUCAAAGACUACAGGUUCCUGCCCAAAGGAGAUGAGCAGGCUCUGGCUGAUGCCGUGGCAACUAUCGGUCCAAUCACAGUAGCUCUUGAUGCAGAUCAUUCCAGCUUCCUGUUCUACAGCUCAGGAAUAUACGAUGAGCCAGCCUGUAACUCUAACAAUCUGAGUCAUGCGGUGCUGCUGGUCGGCUACGGUUCUGAAGGAGGCCAAGACUACUGGAUCAUCAAAAACAGUUGGGGAAGCAGUUGGGGUGAAGGCGGCUACAUGCGAAUGGUCCGAGAUGGCAGAAACGCUUGUGGCAUCGCGAGCUAUGCUUUGUACCCUAUUUUAUGAUUCUGAUAAGAUGCUUCAGUCAUGUGUUAAUGCUGAACUUCACUGCUGUCAGUGGGUAUCGGAAAACAACAUCAGCCAUUGCUUUAACAGCCCAUAUCAUCUCUAAAACACAACUGUCAUCCAUAUUUUCUGAACUUUUCUGACACUGGAUACACGUUUUGAGCUCAUAUGAACCUUUGACAGUGAACACUUUGCUUCUCUCAGGGAUGUAGUGCACACACCAACCUGUGGCCAGAAAUACUGUUAGCCUUCCUAAAGUUUUAUUGAUUAGUCUAACUCACCAAAUAUAUAUAUAAAAAAAACCCUGCAAUUUAAAUAAUUUAAAGUGAAACUAUGGACAGAAGUAAAAACACAUCGUUCCACUUUCAAAUUAAAAUGUGAAUUUGGAAGUAAUAACACACUAUUGGGAUUUUGCUACUACAAUCUUUAAGCUAAUGGUGGCUAAUUUUAGCAAAUGUUAGCAAACUUGCUGUAUAAUGUACAGUUCACUGACUUGGGACUUGUGAAAUGAAUAAUAACUAAAUGAUUAAUUACCAUUAUGCAACCCCAACAUACAUUUUGUGAAUUUUAAACAAACCUCUCACUGAAUACUGAAUGACUCACUGAGCAAUGCUUGCCGCAGUUUAUUUUUGACUUUCUUGUUAUAUCUCCAGACUGCAAAACUUUGGUAUUUUUAUUACAGUAACACUUAUUAUACUUAGUACAAAAUGACAUAUUUAGUAGAGGAGGGAUGACAAGGUGGUGGUUGGGUGGGGUGUGGGUGGGGGCGGG